AGGCGAUAUAUAGAAGUUAGCAUGACAUUUUCCCAGGGUAUAUUUUUACCGUUUAAAUAAAGUGUUAACUUGAAGAGGACACCGAGACGAGUUCACAGACUACGAGUAUGUUUAUUCAUAUUCCAGACACAAGGACUUGAACACCAUGAGCAGUGGUCUGUGGACACCAAACAUCUCAGCAUCAUCACUUCUACCAUGUCAUCCCUAGAGGAGGGGGAGGAGGUUCCUGACCUGCAGCUGAGUUUUGUGUUAGGGGACAGUGCUGACAAACCACAGACCCCCCACAUUCUGCCUGAAGAUGCUGAGCCUCAGGAGCUCCCUGAAUCUUAUUCAGCAGAGACAUUAUAUCUGAGCAGAACUCAGCUGAAACGUGUUCCAGAAAGUAUUUUGAAAAAUAGCUCACUAAAGUAUUUAUAUCUUGAAGGCAACCAGAUAUCCAGUAUCCCAGAUUCAGUGUUCAUCAGCUUGCCAAACCUUCUGUGGCUGGACCUCAGAAAUAACCAAAUUACAUCACUACCCGCCCAAAUUGGCUUGCACAGAUCUCUGAGAACAGUACUUCUGGAAGGAAAUCCAAUCUCAGAACUUCCACCAGAGUUGGGAAAUGUAAUUACCCUCAAAGGCCUAAACCUGAGGAACUGCCCCAUCAUUUUCCCUCCACAAGACAUUGUGAGCCAGGGGCUGCAGAGCAUCCUCCAGUACCUCAGGACUGCGAUGGCUAAGCGGCCAGUUAGCAUGGGAAAGAGCCCCCCAGAGUUGCCAGCGGUGGAGAAGCUCCAGCUGUCAGAGCUGAUGGGGUCCAGUGUGGAGGAUGAGUCGGUGGAUGAGGACGAGCUGCAGAAGUUUAGGGAACUCAAACACAAGAUGAGCCUGCUGGACAAAGCUGAGCUGGGCUCCACAGGGCAGGGUGACAGAAACACGAAGUCACGUCUUCCUUCUGUUACUAAAAGAAAAAAGGCAACUACCAAGGCCGGCAUAAUUCCUGAGCUCCCCCUGUUUGAGACACAGCACUGGAAGAUGCCAGAAGAGAAGAGACAGAUAAACCAAGAGGCUCUUCGGAAGUGGCGCGCACAAGCCAUGAUCAAACAAGGGAAGAAGAUGUCUGAGCAGAAGAAGCGUGCAGAACAAAGAAAAAAAAAACAGGAAGCUGAAACAGAUUCAAAACCUAGUGUGGAGGACAGCAGUGACACUCGUCAGAGUCAGACGUCCAGCUUGUCCAUCACAGAUUGUGAGGCGUCCAGAUCAGCCCGGGAGCUGGAGCGGAAGAUUCGUGCCCGUGUUGAAAAGAUACAUGAGAAUCGCAGGAAUCCCAGUGGCACGACUGGUGAGCAUAUGGCAGCGGCAGAACAAGAUGUGGAGGAGAUAAGGAAGCUUCAGGCUCGGCUUUUAGAGAGGACGAGAAAUCGGGGAAGGGAUAUCGGAAAUUGCUUUACUCUCUUCUCUGCAGACACCUGGCCGAGUUUCUUUGACAAGUGACGGGGAUUGUGACGUCUCUUUGAGUUGUGUGGUUUUGAAUUCAUACUCAGAAUCCACUGUGAAGACUAAUACUUCAAUGGAUGGCCAUUGUAAUGCUCAUGUCAUAAAAAUAAAAAUCACAGUGCUGUU